AUGACUGAACAAAUUGCAAAAGAGACUGCCAACCUCAGUUUGGGCAACGACCAGAAAAUUACUCCCUGGGAGGUGGAAGGAGCCGUGGUUGACGGUAAGGCCCAGGUCAUCGAUUACGACAAGCUGAUCAAGCAGUUCGGUACCAAGGCCAUUACUGAGGAAACUCUGCAAAGAUUCAGAGAUGUGACCGGUAGAGAACCUCAUCAUUAUCUUAGGAAGGGUUUGUUUUUUUCUCAGAGAGAUUUCGACAGGAUCUUAGAUCUGUAUGAGCACGGCGAGCCUUUCUUUCUAUACACUGGCCGUGGACCAUCUGCCGGUAUGCAUUUGGGACAUAUUAUUCCAUUCAGUUUUACUAAGUGGUUGCAGGAGGUCUUUGAUGUGCCACUCGUGAUUGAACUCACAGAUGAUGAGAAGUUUUUGUUCAAGCCUAAGCUCACCAUUGACGACGUCAAGCAUUUUGCACAUGAGAAUGCCAAAGACAUCAUUGCCCUUGGUUUCAAGCCAGAGAACACGUUUAUCUUCUCUGACAUAGAAUACAUGUGCUCGCCAUUCUACGAGAACAUUGUGAAGACCUCGAGACAGAUCACUACCUCCACAGCGAAGGCGGUGUUUGGAUUUCAAGACUCCGAUUGUAUUGGAAAGAUACAUUUUGCUUCGAUCCAGAUCGCAACAGCCUUCCCUUCGUCUUUCCCUGAUGUGCUGGGUCUUCCUCCUAAGACUCCCUGCUUGAUCCCAUGUGCCAUUGACCAGGAUCCUUACUUCAGAGUUUGCAGAGAUGUCGCAGAUAAACUCAAGUAUGCCAAGCCAGCGUUGCUCCACUCCAGAUUCUUCCCAGCUCUCCAGGGUGCCAACUCCAAGAUGAGUGCCAGUGACGAAACUUCCUCCAUCUACCUCACGGAUACGCCAAAGCAGAUCCAGAAGAAGAUCAACAAGUACGCUUUCUCUGGUGGUCAGGUUUCCAUCGAGGACCACAGAAAGCUGGGAGGUGACCCAGAUGUGGAUAUUGCCUACCAAUACAUGUCCUUCUUCAAGGACGACGAUGAGUUUUUGAAGAAACAGUACGACGGCUACAAGUCUGGUGAGGUGCUGAGUGGAGAGAUGAAGAAGGAGUGUAUUGGUGUUCUGACUGACUUCAUCACGGAGUAUCAGACCAAUAGGGCCAAUAUUGACGAGGACGUGGUUGCGCAGUUCAUGAAGCCACACAAGCUGGUUUUUGGUCAGUCUGAGAGAUUGGUUGCUCCAAAGGUGAGAGAGAAGAAGGAGAAGGCUAAGAAAUAG